CGCCCCUGGUUUCUUUCUUGGGUCAAGAAUCCACACACGGCGGCAGUUAUGCAGAAGAGCUCACUGUGCUGACUGGAAGAGAUAGACGGAGGGGAAUCCGUCAACAUUCCUGUUCAAUGGCCGACAUGUGAUUUAAUCCGUUGUCGGGCGCUUUGGGUCGGUCUGUGUGACAAAUGCCAGCCUGUCGCCACUGCAGCCCAAAGGAGAGGCGUCGAGGGGGUACGGCUGCGCUAGAGUCACAAAUGCCCUACGUCAUUACAAGGAAAUCAUCUCAACAAAGCGCGACAAGCAACCACGGCUCACUUGGGCAGGGGCGCCGUCUUCGAGAUUAUGGCUUCGACAGCAUAGGAAGAAAUCGCCAAGCUCUAGUUUGUUUCUUCCAAUAACAGGUUGACGACUGAAAUGAUAUCGCCAGUGUAUGGUUUCAGGACGUAUUUUUAACAAACCCUGUCUCUCCGUUACCCCAUACACCGCCUCGCUCGUCCUUGCAAACACCACUGUCAAAGCGACACUGAAGUAAAAAGCCACGCGCAGCCCUCUCUGUUUGAGCCCGACCAAACAGAAAAAAAGCUUCAUCCCGGAAAGCUUUCUCCAGCCUGAUUCUUAGAUUCUUAGAUUCUUAGAUUCUAGAUUAACGAAACAUCGCCAUUUCCGACACAAAAUCAAAUUUCACUCACCCAAAAGCAAUCGCAGAGUCAGUCGGAUUUCGGGGCUGAUCACCUCGGCUGGCAACGUGCCCCUCACGUGCCCAAACGAAAAAAAAAAAAAAGAAGAGCCAAGACCCAACAGCCAAACCCAGCAGUCGCCGCCCGCCAUGGCGCACAACUACAUGAUCCGCGUGACUGCCGGCACCGUCCGUGACGUCAAGGAGCAUGUCGUCGUGCCCGUCAACACGGCGGAUCCCUUGGACAUCUCCAACGACCUCGUCGACGCGCGCCUGAGCGUACGCGUCAAGAACUACGGCGGCCUGCCCCACGGCUCGCCCGCCGACUCGCCCUACUUCACCGCCGAGCCGCACGCCUACAACAACGACCAGUACAGCAUCGCCCUCAGCUUCAAGCUCAAGCGGCCGCCCAGCCCCGCCGUCGACGCCGACGCCAAGGACGGCGAUGACGACGCAGGCCCGGCCGCGGACGGCGGCGACCCCGCGGACGACGACGUCGGCGUCUCGGGCGCGGACCUGCAGUGGGGCAACGACUUCGACCACCCGAUCCGCGACCGCCUCCCGCCCGGCUUCAGCACCGCCAUGAGCAUCGUGCGCUGGUGGAUCGACCCGGGCCUCGACGGCGACGCGUAUGCCGACUCGCCCUUCCUCUACGGCCCGGCCCUGUCGUCCUUCAACGCCGUGCGCGCCGGCCCGCCCGCCACGGACCGCGUCCCCGGGGCCGACGGCGACGGCGCCAGGGUCGGCGUCUGGGUCGACGAGGGCGGCGACGAGCGGGGCCUCGAGGCCCGCAGGUCCCUGGGCGCCCCCGAUGACGCAAAGGGCCGCAUGAAGUGGGCCCUCAAGGCCGACAGCAAGGAGAAGUGGCUGUGGGAGUACGGCAAGGAGUACUCGGUCGACUUCUACAACCCUUACCUCGACUUCAACGAGUUUGCGCUCAGGCUGCCUGGUUUUACCCUGCCCAUUAUGAAGUACUGGGACGGCCAGGGGUUACGGCCCCCGAAGCGCUCACAUACGCUUAGGUACGUGCUGCGGAACCGCAAGACGGGCGACCUCUACCUGGCCGUCACCUUCAGCCUGUACCUGAAGGAGGACGUCAACGAAGACGGCUCGCUCAAGCCGGGCACCAUCGAGGCCCAGCAGAAGGACAGCCGGACCAGGCUGCCGCCGGGCGGCGCCGAAGAGGAUGGCGCCGACAAGCCGGUGGUGGACGAGGACAAGGCACUGGAAGAGGCCAGGAAAAAGCUGGGCGAUGUCCAGAUCGACAAGAAGGACAAGGCCGGCUCGGACGAUGUCGACUAA